AUGUGCGCGCACUUGGCGCUGCCGCCGCGGCCCGCGUACCCCGGCGGGGCCGCCCGGGGCCGCCUGGAGCUCGGCUGGAGCGCGGCCGGGGCCGCAGCACAGGCCCCCACAGCGGCCGGGCACUCUCCGCAGGCUGCGGCCGGGAGGCACACGGCAGAAGUGUCCCCAGCUUCAUCCAGUUCUGGGAAUUUCAGCCAAUUCACACCAGAUUCAGCCACCAGUCCACAUUCCUCAUCCCCACAGCCUUCAGCUAAGUCUCAGAAGGGCAGAGAAUAUGGCGUGGAGGGGAUCAGGAAGACCAAGAGCCGCACAGCUUUCUCCAAGGAGCAGCUGCUAACCCUGCACCAGCGCUUCCAGAGCCAGAAGUACCUCAGCCCCCAGCAGAUCCGGGAGCUGGCUGUUGCCCUGGGGCUCACCUACAAGCAGGUGAAGACUUGGUUCCAGAACCGCAGGAUGAAGCUGAAAAGGUGCCAGAAGCAGAGCCUGUGGAGCGAACGGGCUCAGUGUCUCACGCAAAGUGGCUUCCAGAGCGGAACUUACCUGGAUGUGCACCCCAAAUUCCACCAGGGCUACCCCAUCACCACAGCUGGCAACGUGCAAGCCAUGCCUGCCCCCUGUCAGCACUAUGGAGCAGGGCAGAACGCUUACACAAUCCUGACCAGCGAGGAUGGAGGAGUCUUUGGCAAAGGCGGGGGGACCUGCAGUGUCCAGCAGACAGUGGGCUUCAUUGCUCAGCACAAAGUAGACUUUUACCACAGCUAUCCUGGCACUGUGGAAUAUCCAGGCUCCAAGACAGGUGAUGGCUGUAAUUUUCACCACUCAGCCACCAUGGGGGCUCCUUUCCCAACUGCUGCCAGCCAUCAUCUUUAUCAUUCCUAAGCACUGUGGAUGUGGGGUACUUGGGCAGCCAGGAAUCAAAUCUUAUUCUCAUCUCUCCCGUUGUUAUUUGUGUGCUGGCCACCUCAGGGACACCUUGUAGCUAAAACCUGUUUUGGCAUCCAGAUGUGUGCCUGCAGACAUGCAGCUGUGCAGAGACCCAGACCCAUUUGCCCAGGUACAUGCACACAGAACCCUUCAUUUCUAUGCUCUUACAUGUGCACACACAUAUUACUUUCUUGAUUGGCACAGACAACCAAGCUCUCUUAUGGCAAAGCCCAAGAUCUGCCUACACAGCUUAUGCCCUGGAUCUUCUUAAUUAUGGAUCAUGUAACUUGUCUAAGGGGAAGCACAGAUCCCUUUGGGAAUCUCAUUUCUAUGUAUCACUGUACAGUUGUGUGUACAGAGCACAUGAAGCCAGGAGCUGUAUGGAGAGGUGCUGGUCACUUACCUUUAAUUUAAGUUGGAGAAGUUAUUGCCACAUGCCAGUUAUCCAUUUGAAGUGUAAUCCAUCAGUUCUGUAUAUCAGCCAUGAGAUGAAAUGAUGAAGUGUCUAAUGAAGGGAGUUGUGACAAGUAGCUUGCAGAAAGGCUGGUAAGAGGAUUUUAUAAGCCCUUCCUUCUAGUCUGUAUCUUUCUGUGCCUCCCCCUGAGAAAACCUAACAGUGCAUUCAAUUUGGCAAAUAAAAAAGAGUACUUUUAAAGCUUCAUUAUGUAUUUUUAUAUAUCUCUU